AUGGGUUCAGAGGUAGGAGGAGAUAUAGGAGAUGAGAUGCAGCGGCAAGCAAGAAGAAGCUACUGGAGAUGGAGCAAACAGGACUUCUUCCCAGAAGAAUCAUUCAAAAACUGGGCAACAUACCGAUACGCACUCUCCCAGACGCCAUUCCGCUUCAAGGACCGUCUCCUCGCCCGAUCUGACGACGCCAGCGAGCUUGGAGAGCUCCGUAAACAAAGCGAAAACGAUAUGAAAAGGUGCCUCAACUGGUGGGAUCUCACCUGGUUCGGCUUUGGCUCUGUCAUAGGCGCCGGCAUCUUUGUCCUCACCGGGCAAGAAGCCCACAACCACGCCGGACCUGCCAUCGUUUUGUCUUAUGUAGCCUCUGGCCUCUCCGCCAUGCUUUCCGUUUUCUGCUACACUGAAUUUGCCGUUGAGAUUCCAGUCGCCGGUGGUUCUUUUGCUUACCUCAGAGUUGAACUUGGCGACUUCAUGGCUUUCAUCACUGCUGCUAAUAUUCUUCUGGAAAGCAUCGUGGGAAGUGCUGCUGUGGCCAGAUCUUGGACUUCUUACUUUGCUACUCUUCUCAACCGUCCCUCCAACUCGCUCCGUAUUCAUACAAAUCUGAGGAAAGGGUACAACCUCCUGGAUCCAAUUGCGGUGGUGGUUCUCGCAAUUGCAGCCAUCAUUGCCAUGAUCAGCACCAGGAAAACUUCUUACCUUAACUGGAUUGCCUCUGCUGUCAACACCCUUGUCAUUUUCUUUGUCAUAGUAGCUGGCUUUCUCCACGCCAACACCUCCAACCUCUCUCCUUUUCUUCCCCACGGCGCCAAAGGGAUAUUCCAGGCAGCAGCAGUUGUCUACUUUGCUUAUGGAGGAUUUGACAAUAUUGCCACCAUGGCAGAGGAAACUCGGAACCCAUCAAGAGAUAUACCUCUUGGAUUGCUAGGCUCCAUCCUACUCUGUUGCGUUCCAGAGUGUGGGGAUGAAGUGGGCAAAGUACCUGGUGGCACUUGGAGCUCUCAAAGGGAUGACCACUGUUCUUCUCGUGGGGCACUUGGCCAGGCUCGCUAUACCACUCAUAUUGCACGUGCCCACAUGAUUCCACCUUGGUUCUCCCUCGUCCACCCAAAGACGGGCACCCCUGUCAACGCCACUCUCCUAAUUGCCCUUUGCAGCGCCUGUAUUGCUUUCUUUUCCAGCUUAGAUGUUUUGGCCACUUUGCUAUCAGUGAGCACCCUCUUCAUCUUCAUGAUGAUGUCGGUCGCGCUUCUUGUGAGGAGAUAUUAUGUGAAGGGAGUGACUCCUCAAUCAAAUCUACUGAAGCUGGUAAUCUUGUUGCUAAUAAUUAUUUCUUCGUCGAUGGGGACAUCGGCGUACUGGGGACUGAGCCCGAAUGGAUGGGUAGGAUACACAAUCACCAUUCCGAUGUGGUUGAUAGGGACAAGUGGCAUAGCAUUUCUUUUGCCACAGCAGAGGACGCCUAAGGUGUGGGGAGUUCCGCUUGUGCCGUGGUUACCAUCAUUGUCCAUCGCAACCAAUUUGUUUCUGAUGGGAUCUUUAGGAUAUGAAGCUUUUGUGAGGUUUGGCAUCUGCACCCUUGUUAUGAUGCUAUACUACUUGCUUUUCGGCCUUCAUGCUACCUUUGAUAUGGCCCAUCAACAAUCCAAGCUCCGAUCCAUGGAGACGAUGGUCACGAAUGCUAGCACUACUGAGGCAGACACCAUGGAAAAGACAGGGCCAUGA